AUGGUAUUUCUCGAUACAUUAUUAGCAAAAAUGCAUGAAGAACAACUAACUAUGGAAGAUAUUCAAGAAGAAGUUGGUCAAGAUUCUGAAGAUGAUCUUGAACGCGCAUGUACAAUGGACGACCUAAAACAAUUGGAUUAUUUAGAGUGUGUUAUUAAAGGACAAAGAUUUGCAAUGUUGGAAGAAAAAGUAUUUUUAUCAACAUUACUAAGAAAAUUUUCAUUGAUGACAACGCAGAAAAUCCAAGAUGUUUGUUUAGCAUUGAAAAUCGUCAUGAGACCUGUUGAACCUAUUCAUAUUGUAUUAAAACGUCGUUGUUAA